GGAAGAAAAAGUUGAUCAGUUGAGAUGGAUACUCACGGUAGUCAAGGUAUCGACCCAGCCGUGGUUCCCGCCGGAGAAGCCGCCGGAGCAUUUUUAGAUUUUGCAACUCAGACGGGACAUGCAGAUGGAGCUGAUUGGCAAGAAGAGGUUUACCAACAGAUCAAGUCUAUGAAGGAGAAGUAUUUAUCAGAUAUCCAUGAUGAAUACCAGAAUAUUGCUUCUAAAGUGCAGCAGCAUGAUUCUCUAUCUCCAAAUGAGAACAUUGAAAAGCUCAAGAUGUUCAAGACGAAGUUGGAACACAUUAUGGUUUUCUUGGGCCUUAACAAGCAUGAUAUUCUGGUUACUCACAAGGAGAAACUGCUUUGGGUUGAGAAACUCAUAAGUUUCUUUCUUAGUUCCUAUAGGCCGCGCAAGCGUUCUUUUUCUCUACUGCAGGGGCAACUUCCUCAGUCUUCCAUACAGCUUCAGCAACUACAAUCUCUUGAUGGUCAAACCAAUCCACUGAUGCAACCCGUACAUGGUUCCAUGGCGGCAAUGCAACAGAAUAACCUCACCAACCUGCAACAUAUUUCCUUGUCAGGCAUAUCGACAAUUUACAACUCCCAGCAAGACAGAAUAAUCUCACCAGCUACUGGCUUUUCUCAACAGAAUCCUGUCAACAGUCCUCAAGAAGUAAACAUAAGCUCAUUAAGUUCACAAAGUGGAAUGCACCCAGUGCAGGCAAACCUCGGUUCCCUAUGGCAAAAUUCAAGCGUCCUGCAACAGUCACUUCUUAAAUUGCACGAGCAGCAAAUGUUGCAGGACCAGCAAUUAAGACAGAUGUAUCAGCAGCAGCAAGUUUUUCAUAGCCAGCAGUUAAUGCAACAUCAGCAACUUUUUCAUAGACAUCAGUUAAUGCAACAACUGUUAAGGCAACUGCAACAGCAGACUGUGCAAUUGCCAGCCCACAAGAUGUCACAGCUUCACCAGCUGACUGAUGUUAAUGACCUAACGAUGAGGCAGCAAAUGGGAAUGAAAACAGGAGUUUUACAGCAACAGCAGUCAGUUGGCCAGUGUGUUGGAUUUCAUCAUCCACAAGUGAAGUCAGAAAUAUCUUCACCUCAAGCCUAUCAGGCAGUAUCUCCUCAGAGACAAAACCUACCUGCUGUGGAUGAAAGCAAGAACGUUGCAAAUGUGCCUUGGAAUUUCCAAUGAAGCUAGUCCCAAUGAAUGAGGUACCUGAAGCACUCAUGAGGUUUCAUAAGUCAUAGGCUCUUCAAGAGCACAUUCACUCUUUAGUAUGAUCAUUUUCCCUUUUCCCUUUCUAUGGAUUAUUUCAAUUGAAACCGCCUCGUCUAUCAUGUUUCAUGUAUGCCAUAGACUCUGUCCUUCUGGGACAUUUAAUAGGAGCAUUUGCAACUGAGAUAUGGGAUUAAUUUUGGGUUAGCAAAUGCUUAAAGCAUUUGACUUGAAUGGUCUUUUGAAUGAAUAUCGUACUGAUGAUAAAUAUUUGUU